AUGGCACUACGCGUGCCCCUCAUCAUGCUGGCGCUCCUCGCCGCUGUCAGUGUCUCCUCACCUGUCCCGAGCCCCGAUGCCGUGGCGCUGCUCGCGUUCAAGUCCGCGUGCGCCGUUCAUGGCACCACGGCCCUCGACUCCUGGACAGAGUCCUCCGACCCCUGCUCCGGCGAGUGGCGUGGAGUCACUUGCCACCGGCCCUCCUCCCCCGGCCCCCCUCGUGUCCGUGGCAUCGUUCUUGAAGGCCUCGGCCUCGGUGGUGAUGCCGGCGCUCUCGCCGCGCUCGCGGAUCUCCCAGCGCUCUCGUUCCUUAGCCUCAAGAAGAACAACUUCACGGGACCGCUCCACGAUGUGGACUUCUCCGCCAUGGCGCCGCACCUCAAGCUCCUCUACCUCUCCGGCAAUGCCUUCUCGGGGCGGUUUCCCCAGUCCAUCCUACGGCUCCGCCACCUGCGCCGUCUCGACCUCGCCGGCAAUCGGCUCGCCGGCACGAUUCCGCCCGAGAUCGGCCACCGCCUCCGCGCGCUCGUGACGUUGCGUCUCGCGCGCAAUUCGUUCGUCGGCUCCCUGCCCACCUCUCUGGAAGCGAUGGCAAUGCUUGCCGAGCUCAACGUCUCAGGCAACCACCUGAGCGGGCAGAUUCCGAAGCGCCUCGCGGCGGCAUUCCCCGCGUCGUCGUUUGCGGGCAACCCCGAGCUUUGCGGUGCCCCGCUGCGCCGCCGGUGCAGACGACAGCAGCAGGGAGGCGAUGGCGAGACAACACACGAACAGAUGGGGACGAGGCACAACUCCCGCUACCGGUGGAUGGUGGUGAUGAUCAUGGCGGCGGUGGGCGCGGCUGUCGCCACGCUGAUCGCCACGGCACUGUGCGCGGUGCUGUGGUGGAAGAAGAAGAAGAAGCCCACGCCGCCGCGCGCGAACUCGCGCACCAGCUCGACGUCGGCGUCGCGGGAGGAGACGGUGCGCUUUGACGGGUGCUGCGAGGAGUUCGACGUGAGGGCGCUCAUGAUGGGGGCUGCGGAGAUGCUGGGCAAAGGCGCGGCCGCGACGACGUACCGCGUGUUCAUGGGAGGCCAAAGCGACGUGAACGACGACCACGCUGGGGUGGUGGAGAAGACGGAGGGCGAGGCGGUGGUGGUGAAGAGGCUGAGGAGGAGGGAGGGCGCCACCCGGGAGGACGAGAGGCGGCGGAGGGAGCUGGUGAGGGAGAUGGGCUCGUGGCGGCACGCCAACAUCGUCGACCUGCGCGCGUUCUACGCGUCGGCGGAGGAGCUUCUCCUCGUCUUCGACUACAUCCCCCACGGCAGCCUCCACAGUCUCCUCCAUGAGAACCGGGGACCGGCACGAGUCCCUCUGGACUGGCAGACGAGGCUGAAGCUGGCGCAGGACGCGGCGCAAGGCCUCGCCUACCUCCACGGCGCGUCUGGCUCCAGGCUCUCUCACCGGCACCUCACCUCCUCCAACAUCCUCAUCGACGCCGGCGGCAACGCGCGUGUCUCCGACUUCGCCAUGCUCCAGCUGCUCGUGCCGGCACCACCCGAAAAGGCCCUGCAGAAGCAGGACGUGCGCGACUUCGGGGUCAUCCUGCUGGAGAUCCUCACGGGCCGGUCGCCGGAGGACGGCAAGGUGGACAUGCCGCGGUGGGUGAGGACGGUGGUGCGGGAAGAGUGGACCUCCGAGGUGUUCGACAUGGAGCUGCUGCGGGGCAGGGGCGCCGAGGACGAGAUGGUGGCGCUCCUCCAGGUGGCGCUGCUCUGCGCCGCCGACGACCCGAAGGAGCGGCCGAGGAUGGCGGUGGUGUCCAAGAUGAUCGAGGACAUCAGGAACAGAGGGAGCAAGAGGAGCAAGUACUCUGCUUCUCCGUCGCAAGCUGGGUGUUCGUACGAGUCGUCUCCUUGCGUUUCAGAGGACACAACAAAGUCCACUACUGCCUCAAGCUCUUGA